UAGGAUAGGCAAUUAGUUUCCCUAUCUAUUUUUAGCCAGCCGGUUGUGGCAUCUUUUUCGGGCUAGUCUCUGUAUCUAGCCGCCUGUCGCUCUGUGUGAGCUGCAUUUAUCCUUUGCUUUUUGUUUGGCUGGAGACUGUGGAACCUUGUUGGCACCUUUUGUUAUUUGGUUAAUAAGAUGGCCGUAUGCAUCGUUCUGAUGCAGAGACCGGGGAGAUCCCCCUUUUCAAAAAAAAAAUAGUUCCCAAUUUAGAGAAUACUCCCAAGUGUGGGUUUAUGUGUCCCAGACAUUUGAUUUGAAGAAAAUUGGCAAUUCUAUAAUAUCACAACUAUCACAGAAAGAGAAUGAGAGUGGGUACACUGGAAAGCAGAUGAUCCAUAAUUCCCUUCAAAAGCUCAUUGCCAAUAAGAAUAUACUGAUUGUUUUAGAUGACCUAUGGGAAGAUAACAAUUCUCAUUUGGAAGAGUUGAUGGGUUUGUUAAAGGUUGAAGAGAGUGGCAAGGUGGUUGUUAUAGUUACCACACGCUAUGAGGUCAUUGCAAAGAAAAUUUGUACAAUUCAACCUCACAAAUUAGUACCACUAACAGAUGACCAGUGUUGGAAUAUCAUAAAGGAAAAGAGUGACUUUGAAUUGAGAGAUGACAAAGAAGAGUUGCAUCACAUAGGCCAGGACAUCGCAAGUAAGUGUCGAGGCGUGGCUUUAGCAGCGCAAUCGCUUGGACACAUGUUGCAUUCUCUCUCCUUUGAUGAAUGGGAGUCGGUGAGAAACAGUGAUUUCUGGAAUUUAUCUGAUUCAGAAGAUACAAGCUUGACACAUGCGCUUGCAUCAUUGAAGUUAAGCUAUAGUGUUAUGCCUUCGUAUUUGAAGAUAUGUUUUGCCUAUUGUGAGAUUUUCCCAAAAGGUUACAAGAUAGUUAAAGAUGACCUGAUCCAUCAGUGGAUUUCUCUGGGUUUCAUCAAGGCAACAAACAAUUUAUCCACUUGGCAGCUUGGUGAGAAAUGCAUUAGGCAACUUUUGGGCCUGUCCUUCCUUGAACAUUCAAAGUCAGCACUGACUACAGGAAUGGAUUAUGAAAAUGAUAGAUUGUUCACCAUGCACGAUUUGGUGCACGAUCUAGCAAGAUUGGUCAUGGUCGAUGAAGUACAUGUUGCUAGCAAACAAGGCAACACAGGGGGAGGUUGCUGCCACUUUGCAUUGCUAAAUGAUUGUUCCAAGCCAUUGGAGUCAUCCAAGAUAAGGGCACUUCGUUUUAUGGAGUGUGACAAAAGUGAACUUCAUGACGCUGCCUUUUCAUCUGCUAAGUCCAUGCGUGUCUUGGACUUAAGCGAGUGCUCCAUGCAUAAAUUUCCAGAUUCUAUUCACGUGUUGAAGCAGUUGAGAUAUCUUAGUGCUCCAAGAAUCCAUGAUGCAGAGAUUCCGGAUAGUAUCACCAAGCUUUCAAAAUUAAUUUAUCUGAACCUUCAUGGAUCUCCUAAAAUCUUAGCAUUACCAAAGUCAAUUGGAGAAAUUGAGGGUCUAAUGUAUCUUGAUUUGGCGGGUUGUUCAAGAAUUGAAGAACUGCCUGAAUCUUUUAGCAGGCUAAAAGAAUUGGUGCAUCUAGAUUUAUCAAAUUGCUAUGGUGUUCGAGGUAUAUCGGUGUUCCUAGGGAGCCUCACACAACUGCAGUAUUUGAACUUAUCAUACUGCCCAAAUAUCGGAGAGAUACCUGAAGAUCUAAGUGGUCUAUCCAAAUUGCAGUAUUUGAACUUAUCAUUCAGCUCAUAUGUUCAAUGUUGCGAAGAAGCAGAAUUUUUGGGGGCCUUUACCAAACUCGAGUACUUAAACUUAUCUUCAGACCAUUCUGUACUUCAAAAGCUCCCUGAAGCUUUGGGCAGAUUCAUUCAACUCAAGUACUUAAACUUAUCUGGUUGUCGAGAUAUGACAACAUUGCCAAUGUUUCCUGGGAGUCUAAAAAAUUUGGCGCAUCUUGAUUUAUCACAUUGUUAUAGUAUUUAUCGUCUUCAAGAGGCUUUGGUGGGUCUUACCAAUCUGAGAUAUUUGAACUUAAAAGAUACAUGUUUGAAACCACAACUAGAAUAUGAUGAUACCAAAUAUCAUAGGAAGAGAUCAUGUUUACUUGGUUCACCAUUGGAAAAAAAUCAUUAUGGGAAUUACUUUCAAAGUCUGAUCAACCAUUUAGGCAAUAAUCUUUCUGAUCUAGAGCAUUUGGACUUGUCUUAUAAUCAUUCUCUUGAAAGCAUACCUGAAAGUAUUUGUCGCAUGAGAAAGCUGCAUACAUUGGAUCUUUCGGAAUGCAUACUUCUUGCAAAGAUACCAGAAAGUAUACACACACUUGGUAGUUUGAAGUUUCUUUAUUUGAAGGGAUGUGACCUUCUUUCCAGAAUACCUCAUCUUGGUGGUAGUACAGUAUCAUUACCAUACUUUGUGGUGCGUGCUGGUGAUGAUGAUGAAUCUAGCAGCAACCUUGUCCUGCUACAAUCCACAGAUCCUGUUGAGCUGCAGAUAUCUGAACUUGAAAAUGUGAAGUCCCCAGGAGAGGCAGAUCGUAUCAAAUUAGUGGAAAAGCAUAGCCUCAAGGACUUGAAAUUGGAGUGGACUAGAGGUGUUGAGAGAUUUGUCUAUGACAAAAUGUUGCUGAAAAAUCUAGUGCCACCAAGCACAUUGAAGAAAUUGGAGAUAUGUGGUUACAAUGGUGUCAGCUUUCCUGCGUGGCUGGUGGGCCAACUACCAAACCUAGUCUCGUUGGUUCUCAGAGAUAUGGCAAACGUGGAAGAGUGGAACACGUCAUACUCAAGUGAUGAGGAGCAUGUGAUUCAAAUAUUGGAAAUACAUGGUUGCCCCAUGUUAAGGAUGAAACGGCCUCUGCUUAAAGCUAAAUCAUGGGUGAUAUCACACAGUGAUAAUGUGUUAUCAUCACUGGAUGAGUGCACUGUGUCACACGCCAGUGUUUCCUCCUCCACUUCUCCAAUAACUACUGUGUUGUCAGUUAAAUACUGUAAGGGGCCUCAUCGGUGGAGGUUGCUUCAACACUUCAUCGGACUAUCUUCUUUGUCAAUUCACAAUUGUGGUGAUCUAACCGGCUCACCAGAGAUCACCCAUCAUCUAUCGUCUUUGGAAGCACUAUGCCUAGAAGACGAACACAUGGAAGAACUGCCAAAAUGGUUGGGUGAGCUCGCAUCUCUACAAAGUCUGGAAAUAAGGUGGAGCAAUGGUGUAACAGAGUUUAAUGAGACCAUGAGGCAACUCACAAUGCUGCAGUCACUAAACUUGUCCUAUUGCCACAAUUUAUCACUGCCACAUUGGUUAGGCGAACUAACCUCUCUCAAGGAACUUGUUGUGUGUUCCAAUGAUGUCUUGAGGUCUUUACCCGAAAGCAUACAACAACUAACCGACCUUCAGAAAAUAAAAAUUAGCAACUGCCCUAAAUUAGAGCAUGUAGUUAAUGAAUCAUUGGAGGGAAUGAUGAAGCGCACUCACAACCAAGAAACGGUAUGCGUCCUGCCUGCCUCUCUCAAGGAACUUACUAUCCAUAUAUGUCAUGGUAUCAAGUCAUUGCCUGAGGGCAUACAUCAACUCACCAACCUCAAAAACCUAGAGAUUGAUGAAUGCUAUUACCUUUAUCAGUGGUGUAAACUAGAGGAGAGCAAGAAGCUUGCUCACAUACAAAAUAAGCAUGGAAGUAGUGCUCAAAAUUUCCCAGAGAGCCUGGAGGCUGCAACAUCUAUACUGUUCUAUAGAACUACUACAUGCUUCCAGACUUUCAGAGCACACCCUGUUGAACUUGGCCCCCAUCUUCUGACGCUGCCCAAGUCCAGGGUUUUGUUGUAA